AUGGACGCCGUCGCCACACCCGCCAGGAUAUCCAGAGUCGAUUCGCGCUUCCGCCACCGAGCGCAAAUAGUCCCGCCGCACCAAGAACGUGUGCCAGAAUCUGAAGAGAAAGAGGAGGAGGAACCCAAUCAGGAGAGUUUGAUCCUUGGUCCGAGAGGCGGAGACAGCAUGAGCAGAGGUCAUCGCUUCUUUCACCGCCGCGCUGCGCUAGGGAACACCAAGACAGUGGCGGUUGCCGUCGAAGUAGUUGCGACUGUUGACACCAACGGAAGCCUGGUCGCUCAGGAGACUUUGGCGCCUGUCACACCUCAGGCCUCGAAUGGACCCACUGCCCCAGCUGCCCCAGCCAUCGCAGCAGCUCCAACAGGAUCAGCUCCCUCAGUAGUUCCCGCAGCUCAGCAGCCGCUUCCCUCCGCCCCGUUACCUGGUGUACCAGCAGUACCUACAGUCGCGCUUCCUGUGCUGCCAUCCGUUCCAGCGGUUCCGCCUUUUCCCAGUGAUCUCGCUGUUCCAACCGUUCCUGCGUAUCCAUACCCUACAGGUAUCCCUGUUGCCCAAGCCGCCGUCAGCUCCGACUUCGCGAGCGCAUCUCCCAUUCCAACAGGCGGUCCCGAAGGCACUGCGACUCCAUCUGCAGCCCCAGAUGCCGCACCGCUUUCAGCAAUAAGUUUCAUCUUGAACUCAACAAUAUCAAGCACCGCUUCUUUACUGCCGUCUUCCUCCUUCGCUUCCCUUGACAGCAUCUCCGCGUCAACAUCGGCUGAACUGAUUGCAAGCAUCGCAGCAGUUCCAACUCGUUCCGCAUCUUCAUCUUCAUCUGCACCUACAUCUGCAUUGCAGGCCGUGUCCUCGUCUAGCAGAGCACCAUCUUCUCAGACAUCAGCGGACUCUUCUGUUACUCGCAGCACGGCGAUUGUCUCGGAUGCAGCGUCAACAACAGCAUAUUAUGGUGGUGCCGGUGGUGAUGCGUCUGGAACGGCCUUUGCCCCUGCUGCCACCACAGCAGCCGCCUCAGAUGCGGACGCUAGCACCAGUCCCUCUCCACUCGAGACCCCGCAAGUGGUUGGAAGUGUAGUGGGCAGUCUUGCCGGCGCCGCGCUCAUCCUUGCCAUAAUACUGCUGCUUCUGCGACGUCACAAGCGAAAGCAGGGUGGUGCUCUACAGCUCACAGGCGACGAUCACACCGACAACAACCAGUCGAUGAGGCAAGCACCCACUACGAGCAGUACUCUGGUUCCUGUUGCCUUCUUGAACCGCUUCUCUGCCAUGUCGGGCAAGACAGCAGAGACCAACCUUAGUGGUGGUGAGCGGAGCUUCCAAAGGGUAUCAGGUCGCAAACUUCCGUCCGCGUUUAGUGAAGGCAUGACAUCAGACCAGUUCUCUCAAGGCGGCACAAUGUCUGGUUCGUCCUUCUACCAAGACGAACACGGUAUCUAUGGCGGCCCCGGUAUCUCCAAGGAGUUCGGCAAGGAGAUCGGCGACAGCUCAAUGACUCGAGAGUCAGGACAGAUGAACAUUCGGCCCAGUCCAGCCAGGACACCAGUCAUACGGCAUCCUGAUGACGGCAAUCCCUUCGCGGACCGCCACUACCUCAGUCCACCACAAUCUCCCAAUCCCGAUGUCCCACCAAGGGGCACUCUUGGUAGAAGUCUGCCCUCUGCGGAUGGAUCCAGGUCAUCUCGGUUUACGGAGAACGUUUGA